AUGAUGCAAGGCAUUCAGCUGCCCACAGGACUAAACCUGUCGGCAAAGCACAAGGCAGCAACUUGGAAAGUCUACAAGCAGCAAUGGGAGAACUACUCCAUUGUAGCACAGCUAGAGAAGCAAACAGAAGAGUACAGAGUGGCACUAUUUCUCUACUCGAUAGGACCCGACGCGAUCAAGAUAUACAACAGCUUUGAUUUAAGCGAAGCAAACCGGAGAAAGCUGUCGGAAAUAAUCAAAGAAUUUGACAAGUAUGCGAUUGGAGAAACCAACGAAACGUAUGAACGGUACGUGUUUAACAGUCGUGAUCAGAAAGAAGGUGAAUCUAUGGAUGCAUACGUUGGAGAAUUGAGAACACUUAGACAAUCGUGCAAUUUCUGCACAUGUUUACAUGACACACUUAUACGCGACCGAAUUGUCCUUCGCAUACGUGAUGGAGGCACAUGCAAGCGCCUAUUGCGUCAAGGCAAAUUAACGUUGCAAAAGUGCAUCGAAAUCGCAAGGAGUGAUGAAGUCUCGAACACACAGCUAAAGAAUAUGGACCGGACUACACCAGAAGAUGUCAAUAAAGUCAACCAAAGAUUUCCACCAAAGAAACCAGAGCACAAAUAUCCGAAGGAAGCAGGCCAAAAUAAUCCAAACCGGAUACCUAAUGAUGACAAGAUGUCUACAAGCGAUAAGCCGUGCGAUUUCUGUGGGAGAAAACAUCGUAGAGGCAGAGCCAAUUGCGCCGCUUGGGGCCGUAUUUGUGGAGCGUGUGGAAAGAAAAACCAUUUAACGUCUCAAUGUAAAGCCAAAGAAAAGACACAAUGUCGAAGUUGA